AUGAUACUCGGAAACAGGACCCGGGAGCUAAUCUUCUAUCCGCGAUCCCGAGAAAUCAUUGUCGCAGAGUGGAAGUGUUUGCGUGACCAAGAAUCGACAGAGAUGGGAAAUGCAACGAAAAAUCCCAAAGAAGUAAUCGCCCUGCUUGCUCAGCUCACCAGGCCCGAGGACCAGCCAAGUGCUGUUCAAAGUUUGCUUGCAUCAUCCACGAAAAGGCUGCGUUGGGCCUCGGAAAAUAUCUGA